AUGCAGGAAGGCGAGAACCGAUUCAGCGAGGUCAAACUUGGCGACAUGGGGAAUUGCUCUCAUGUCACCAGUGCAGGUCCUACUUCUGGGACUCCGUGUGGCGCACCAACAUGGGUAAGCCCAGAAACCAUUCUGCAACUACCGUGGAAUACAGCUGCAGAUAUCUGGGCAUUUGGACUGCUGUUUGUGCACAUGCACUACGGCUCUCACUUCAACCUAUGCGUCCCUCAGGGCCCAAAAGCCGAGGAGGAUAAGGAAAAUCUCCCCUUGCAUGUUCUUCUGCGACAAUUAUACUGGUUCGGGCCGUUUCCAAACAAGACCGUCGAGAUAGCUGAUGAAGAGAUUACUAACACCCUAGCGUCUUUGAAGAGGAACAAUAUGCCAGCGCAGCAGGGAAUGUUCAAGGUCAUCUCAGAGUUGGAGCUGUCAAGGAAGGAUAACGAAUUUGUCCGUAGGAUAAUGAAGAUGGACUGGAGGGAUAGACCGAGUGCGAAGGACCUGUUGGAAGAUGAAUGGUGGAGAGAUGAAUGA